AUAUCAGCCAGUUAUUUUUUACGACAACGUGUAGUUUUGAUAAAACAUAGACGCUUAAGACAAAAAUCAGCCACUCAACAGUCAUAGCAAUGAGCAAUUUAAGAUGAUUUUAUUAAUACCAAACACACAGCACUUUCCAAUCAUAAAAACACGUUCAAAAUGCUUUAAAAUUUUCAAUUAUCGGCGUCAAAAGCUACACUAAAAAUGCCAGGCUUAUCUAAGGAAAGUGUCAUUCUUGAAAAAGGAAAAGCAAUACCCCAGGACAUUUUUUGCGGAAUCUGUGGAAAUAUCUUAUUGCACCCUGUUUUAAACACGUGUCCGCACAUAUUCUGCUUCGGAUGUGUUCGACGGAAACUUUCGUCAACUCAAGCGGCUCGAAAGUGUCCGACUUGUGACGCCGAAUGGGAACCCGAACCCCGAGAGGCUCCCGAUGAGCUCAAAUCUACUUUAAGCAAUCUCAAAUUCCACUGCCCUCAUAAAUGCGGAGCCGAGCUGCAUUUAAACGAAAAAGAAACUCACUUCAAGAAAUACUGCCCCAACACUAUACUCGACUGUCCGAAUCUUAGCAAAGGCUGUCGGAGUAAAACAGAGCGCAAGCAUGUCGCUGACCAUCUGGAUCAUUGUCACUACCGAGAGGUAACAUGCGAAGCUUGCGGUCACAGAUGCUUGUAUGUCAACCUUUAUGCACAUCAAGUUUUGAAACGAUGCGUUCGUGACUCGCUGAAAAAACAGUACGUCCAGAGUCUUAAGAAGAAUCAUGACAUGUUAGUCAACUACAGUCGAUCAAUGAAACAAGAUCGGAUUAAAAUAUCCCAAGAAAAUCACAAUGCUGAGAUAAGGUACAAAGGAUUGAAUCCUCUAAGGUACCGAAGAUUGUACUCGAACUACGGGACCCCAAGUCCUCGACAUGCAUCAAUAUAUGACGAGCUGAUGUCUCGUCCGGCCACCUCAAUGAGCUCAAGUCGCAAUGCAGACUACGCGAGGAACUGCAGGCGUUGCAACGUGAACUUCAAACCAACGAAGAACCAUGACAAGGCGUGUAGAUACCACAGAGAACCUUUCUUGGAUCUGUUCGAGGAUUGUGGCGCGUGUGGCGAAGAUAAAGAUGUCGGUAAGCCUUGCUUGCGUGGAUUUCACAUACCAUUGUAUCCAGCUGCUUUACGACCUUUAUCAGCCAGGAAUUCCGGAGUGCGUGUGGGAGGUGGGGCGGAUUUCAACUCUCCUUCCAGUCUGACAGAGACUAAAAAUUACCGAGAGAGAUCGAAUACUGCACGACUAUCUUAGAUCAUUGAGCUUGGAAACACUAACCAGUUGACUUUUGGUGCUAACUUCUACGUACAUAUAUUGCUGUUGAAAUUAUCAUCUAAAUUUAACUUUU